GGGGUCGAUCACUAUCUUUCUUCCACUUCGAAUCCUCCGCCUCUCCAACGGAGUCCCCGAGGCUCCCUUCGAAAUCCCCGGCCUCUAUAUUUCUCUCCCAUUCUCCCAAAACCCUAAUUUCCACCCCAUAUCCCUCCAUACAGUCUGUAAUUUCCACGAUGCAGGCCUCCCUCUCCAUCUCCCUCUCCCUCCCCCCGGCCCCGAGAUCCGAUCCGGCUCCCGCUGCCUCCCUCGCCGCCCUCCGCCCCUUCGCCCUCCGCUUCUGCGGCCUUCGCCGGGAGGCCCUGGGCCUACGCCCGCUGCGCCCGGCGGGCUCCACCCGGAUCUUUCCGUCUCCCGCUCGGACUUCCUCCAGGAAGACAGUGGCUGCAGUGUCGGGAAAUGGAAGCCCGUCUAAGGCGUUUGACUACGAUCUCGUCAUCAUUGGGGCUGGUGUUGGUGGUCAUGGAGCUGCGCUUCAUGCUGUCGAGAAGGGUUUGAAGACUGCCAUCAUUGAGGGGGAUAUUGUUGGAGGAACUUGUGUAAAUAGAGGCUGUGUUCCAUCUAAAGCUCUUCUUGCUGUGAGUGGUCGGAUGCGUGAGCUCCAGAAUGAGCAUCACUUGAAAGCACUGGGUUUACAGGUAUCAUCUCCUGGUUAUGACAGACAAGGUGUUGCUGACCAUGCAAAUAAUCUCGCUUCAAAGAUUCGUAAUAAUCUGACAAAUUCAUUGAAGGCUUUGGGCGUAGACAUACUAACUGGUGUUGGCACACUUGUGGGUACACAAAAAGUGAAAUAUGGUAAAGUUGGAUUUCCUGACACAGAAAUCACAGCCAGGGACAUAAUAAUUGCAACUGGGUCUGUUCCUUUUGUUCCUAAUGGCAUUGAAGUUGAUGGGAAAACUGUGUUUACGAGCGAUCAUGCUCUCAAGCUGGAGUGGGUUCCAGAUUGGAUAGCCAUUGUAGGAAGUGGUUAUAUUGGACUUGAAUUUAGUGAUGUGUACACAGCACUAGGAAGCGAAGUUACUUUUGUCGAAGCUCUGGAUCAACUAAUGCCUGGUUUUGAUCCUGAGAUAGGGAAGUUGGCCCAGCGAGUUCUCAUUAAUCCCAGAAAAAUUGAUCAUCAUACAGGAGUAUUUGCAAAGAAGAUCACACCGGCAAAGGAUGGAAAGCCUGUUUCUAUUGAGCUUAUUGAUGCAAAGACAAAGGAACCUAAAGAUACUCUGGAGGUAGAUGCAGCGCUUAUAGCAACUGGAAGGGCACCAUUCACGAAGGGACUUGGCCUAGAAAAUAUAAAUGUAGUUACACAACGUGGCUUCGUUCCGGUUGAUGAGCACAUGCAAGUAAUUGAUGCAAGUGGCAAUCUGAUACCUCAUUUAUAUUGCAUUGGAGAUGCUAAUGGAAAAAUGAUGCUUGCUCAUGCUGCCAGUGCACAAGGAAUCUCAGUUGUUGAGCAAAUUUGUGGGAAAGAUAAUGUGCUAAACCAUUUAAGUAUCCCAGCUGCUUGCUUUACCCACCCUGAGAUCAGUAUGGUUGGCAUGACGGAGCCUCAAGCAAGAGAGAAAGCUCAGCAGGAGGGAUUUGAAGUAAGUGUUGCUAAGACAAGUUUUAAGGCUAACACAAAAGCUCUAGCAGAAAAUGAAGGAGAGGGGCUUGCUAAGUUAAUAUACAGACCUGACACAGGCGAGAUUCUUGGAGUUCACAUUUUGGGGUUGCAUGCUGCAGAUCUCAUCCAUGAGGCAUCAAAUGCAAUAGCCUUGGGAACACGUGUUCAGGACAUCAAAUUUGCUGUUCAUGCACAUCCGACUCUAUCUGAAGUUCUAGAUGAACUCUUCAAAUCUGCAAAGGUUAAUACUGGUGUAUCUCCUUCUUCUGUAAAUGAACCAGUUACAGUCUAGACAGUAUAAUCAUCUGGAAGAGGCGUUCUCGAAUAUUUUAGGCUACGUCAGGAACCUGUUGUCUUUCCUUAUGUGAAAAGAUUGGUGCAUUGUUAAUCAUCAUGGAGCUGUUCCUGCUGCCAAUUUUGGAAAGGAAGCUGCACCAUUUGUUUCCUAUCAUUUUAUUUAUAAAAUGUCAUGAAUUUUGUAUCCUUUAUAAAUUUUUGACACUGAGUGGCAUAAAAGGUGGUGCUCUGUUGCAUCACUUGGGGGUUUCUCUUGGUAGCAUAUCUGGAGAUGAAUCUUGUGAUGCAAUAAUAGGCUCUACAUAUUUAUUGUUUUUUCU